AUGGCACGCACAAGGAGGGGGGUCAAGUUCCCCCACAAGACCAACGGCCACGCGGACGGCCGCCGCUCCAGCUUCAGCGACGUCAGCGAAGAUGGCUCGCCCUCGAAGAUCAAGACCGGCGCUGCUUUGCAAAACAUCUCCGAGCCCCAGUCUCCCGAGGAUGAGAAGCGCGCCGAGUACGAAAAGAAGAAGGCAAACUUCUUGACGCGCACCUUCUGGACCCUCGUCAUGUUCGUCGGCUUCUUUGCUGCCCUCGUCAUGGGCCACCUAUACAUCAUCUGCAUCAUAACGGCCAUCCAGAUCAUCUCUUUCAAGGAGGUCAUCGCCAUUGCCAGCGUUCCCAGCCGCGCACGUCAGCUGCGAUCCUCAAAGAGCCUCAACUGGUACUGGCUGGCCACCACCAUGUACUUCCUAUACGGCGAAACCGUCAUCUACUACUUCAAGCAUAUCGUGCUGGUCGACAAGGUCCUGCUUCCCCUGGCCACCCACCACCGCUUCAUCAGCUUCAUUCUCUACAUCUUCGGUUUCGUCUUCUUCGUCACAUCUCUUCAGGCCGGUCACUACAAAUUCCAGUUCACCCAGUUUGCAUGGACGCACAUGGCCCUGUACCUCAUCGUCGUCCAGGCUCACUUCAUCAUGAACAACGUCUUCGAGGGCAUGAUCUGGUUCUUCCUCCCAGCCGCCAUGGUCAUUACCAAUGACAUUUGGGCGUAUCUGGUGGGAAUCACCUUUGGCCGGACCCAGCUGAUCAAGCUGUCGCCCAAGAAGACCGUCGAGGGCUUCGUUGGCGCCUGGAUCAUGACUAUCGUCUUUGGCAUGCUCCUGACCAACCUCCUGAUGCGCUCCUCCUUCUUCAUCUGCCCGGUUACUGAUCUCGCCGCAAACAUCUUCACUGGCCUCGAGUGCACCCGUAACCCUGUUUUCAACCUCAAGACCUACCGCCUGCCUCCGCUCUUCUUCCUCCCGCCCAACAUGAAUGAGAGCCUCUCCUUGACCAUGGCCCCUGUUCAGUUCCACACCCUGGUCCUGGCAACAUUCGCCUCGCUCAUCGCUCCUUUCGGCGGCUUCUUCGCGUCUGGCUUGAAGCGCACCUUCAAGAUCAAGGACUUUGGCGACUCUAUCCCGGGCCACGGCGGCAUGACUGAUCGCAUGGAUUGCCAGUUCAUCAUGGGGUUCUUCACUUACAUGUACUACCACUCUUUCAUCGCCAUCAAUAAAGCCAGUCUUGGCAGCGUCAUGGAAAUGGCUGUUACCGGCUUGACCGUCGAAGAGCAGCUGGAGCUGGUAAGGGGGAUGGGCCGCUAUCUCAGCAACCAGGGUGUUUGGGGAGACGAUAUUAUCCAAUGCCUGGACAAGGCUCUGCAGGCCAAGCGGUGA